AUGGAGAGAUUAAAUAUUGCUCGGAAGAGGUGCGACAAGCAGAGUGCCAUCCAGCAGAGUGCCAUCCAGCAGAGGUGCGACAAGCAGAGUGCCAUCCAGCAGAGGAGCGACAAGCAGAGUGCCAUCCAGCAGAGUGCCAUCCAGCAGAGUGCCAUCCAGCAGAGUGCCAUCCAGCAGAGGUGCGACAAGCAGAGUGCCAUCCAGCAGAGUGCCAUCCAGCAGAAGUGCCAUCCAGCAGAGUGCCAUCCAGCAGAGGUGCGACAAGCAGAGUGCCAUCCAGCAGAGGUGCGACAAGCAGAGUGCCAUCCAGCAGAGUGCGCAUCCAGCAGAGUGCCAUCCAGCAGAGUGCCAUCCAGCAGAGUGCCAUCCAGCAGAGUGCCACCAGAAGAAAGUCACCCAGAAGAAUGCCAUCCAGUAGAGUGCCACCCAGGAGUGCCACCCAGCAGAGUGCCACCCAGCAGAGUGCCACCCAGGAGUGCCACCCAGCAGAGUGCCACCCAGCAGAGUGCAGCAGUGCCACCCAGCAGAGUGCCACCCAGCAGAGCCACCACAGAGUGCCCAGCAGAGUGCCACCCAGGAGCCACCCAGCAGAGUGCCACCCAGCAGAGUGCCACCCAGCAGUGCCACCCAGCAGAGUGCUACCCAGCAGAGUGCCACACAACAGAGUGCCACCCAGCAGAGUGCCACCCAGCAGAGUGCCAACCAGCAGUGCACACCCAGCAGAGUGCCACCCAGCAGAGUGCGCCACACAACAGAGUGCCACUCCAGCAGAGUGCCACCCAGCAGAGUGCCACCCAGCAGAGUGCCACAAACAGAGUGCCAUCCAGUAGAGUGCCACCCAGGAGUGCCACCCAGCAGCACCCAGCAGAGUGCCACCCAGCAGAGUGCCACACAACAGAGUGCCACCCAGCAGAGUGCCACCCAGCAGAGUGCCACCCAGCAGAUGCCACCCAGCAGAGUGCCACCCAGCAGAGUGCCACCCAGCAGAGUGCCACCCAGCAGAGUGCCACCCAGCAGAGCACCCACCAGGCACCCAGCAGAGUGCCACCCAGCAGAAUGCCACUCAGUAGACUAACACCCGGGACAGUGCCACCAGAAGAAAGUCACCCAGAAGAAUGCCAUCCAGUAGAGAGUGCCACCCAGGAGUGCACAGGAGUGCCACCCAGCAGAGGCCACCCAGCAGAGUGCCGCCCAACAGAGUGCCAUCCAGUAGAGUGCCACCCAGAGUGCCACCCAGCAGUGCCACCCAGCAGAGUGCCACCCAGCAGAGUGCCACCCAGGAGUGCACCCAGAAGGCCACCCAGCAGCUGCACUCAGCAGAGUGCCACCCAGCAGAGGCCACCCAGCAGAGUGCCACCCAGUAGAAUGCCACUCAGUAGAAUGCCACUCAGUAGACUAACACCCAGGACAGUGCCAGAAGAAAGUCACCCAGAAGAAUGCCAUCCAGUAGAGGCACCCAGAGUGCCACCCAGCAGUGCCACCCAGCAGAGUGCCACCCAGCAGAGUGCGACACAACAGAGUGCCACCCAGCAGAGUGCCACCCAGCAGAGUGCCACCCAGCAGAGUGCCACCCAGCAGAGUCCACCCAGCAGAGUGCCACCCGCAGAGUGCCACCCAGCAGAGUGCCACCGAGCAGUGCCACUCACCAGUGCCCCCAGCAGAGUGCCACCCAGUAGAAUGCCACCUAAGCAGACUAACACCCAGACAGUGCCACCAGAAGAAAGUCACCCAGAAGAAUGCCAUCCAGAGUGCCACCCAGGAGUGCCACCCAGCAGAGUGCUACCCAGCAGAGUGCCACCCAGGAGUGCCACCCAGCAGUGCCACCCAGCAGAGUGCCAUCCAGCAGAGUGCCACAACAGAGUGCCACCCAGCAGAGUGCCACACAACAGUGCCACCCAGCAGAGUGCCACCAGUAGAAUGCCACUCAGUAGACUAACACCCAGGACAGUGCCACCAGAAGAAAGUCACCCAGAAGAAUGCCAUCCAGUAGAGUGCCACCCAGAGUGCCACGCAGUGCCACCCAGCAGAGUGCCACCCAGCAGGUGCCACCCAGCAGUGCCACCCAGCAGUGCGACCAGCACACCCAGCAGAGUGCCACCCAGCAGAGUGCCACACAACAGAGUGCCACCCAGCAGAGUGCCACCCAGCAGCACCCAGCAAAGCCACCCAGAGUGCCACCCAGCAGUGCCACCCAGCAGAGUGCCACACACAGAGUGCCACCCAGUGCCACCCAGCAGAGUGCCACCCAGCAGAGUGCCACCCAGAAGAGUUCCACCCAGAAGAGUGCCACCCAGCAGAGUGCCACCCAGUAGAGUUCCACCCAGAAGAGUGCCACCCAGUAGAGUCCACCCAGCAGUGCCACCCAGCAGAGUCACACAACAGAGUGCCACCCAGCAGUCACCCAGCAAGUGCCACCCAGCAGUGCCACCCAGCAGAGUGCCACCAGAGCACCCAGCAGUGCCACCCAGCACCACCCAGCAGAGUGCCACCCAGCAGAGUGCCACACAACAAGUGCCACCCAGUAGAUACCAGCAGAGUGCCACCCAGCAGAGUGCCACCCAGCAGAGUGCCACCCAGCAAGAGUGCCACCCAGUAGUUCCACCCAGAAGAGUGCCAAGAAGAGUGCCACUCCUAGUAACUCGUAAACACAUAAUGCCAUCAUGCCCCGGAAAUGGAAUAUGA